AUGGACACAGAGAUUGUAGCAGGUCUGGUUGGUUUGAGUGGCGAAACUGAUCCAUGGAGAGCAGUUGUCAUAAGAUGCUCCACCGUUGACAGAGGCACAGUAGUUCUGACAGAUGGCCAAGGUAACUGCAGAGACAGUGGAGAAGAGGGCGAGGGCAAUGAAGAAACGGAACAUCUGGAAAUGAUUGGAAUAUCUGAAAGCAGAGAGGGAUCAAUAGAACUUACCAUGAUGAAUAUGAUGUUCCGUCUCUUCAUUGCCCUCGCCCUCUUCUCCACUGUCUCUGCAGUUACCUUGGCCAUCUGUCAGAACUACUGUGCCUCUGUCAACGGUGGAGCAUCUUAUGACAACUGCUCUCCAUGGAUCAGUUUCGCCACUCAAACCAACCAGACCUGCUACAAUCUCUGUGUCCAUAACUGCGCUGCUGUCUAUGAUGGAGCCUGUAUGACUGGAAAUGGAUACCGUUGCUGUCUUCCAACCACUCCAGCAAAGACCCAACAAUUCAAGGUCAGUGGAUGCAACAAGCUUUACAACAAUCUUGUCUAA